UUAAAUGAAUGAUGAAUUCAUAAUAUGUAGUAUUUGCAUGAAACAGAUUUCUUCAGCUAAUGCAAUGAUGCAUCAAAUCUAUUGCGAAAGAAACACUUAAAAAUGUGAAACUUGUGGUUAAUAAUUUGACAUUACUUAAGAGGAAGAACAUAUUUAAAGUGUACAUUUACCUAACACAUGCAAAUAUUGCAAAUUAUAUAUAAGUUUUAUUUUAAACUAAAUUUAGAGGAAUUGAAUAAUCACACUUGCUCUUAAUAACCAAAAAAUUGUGAAUAUUGCUAAAAACAAUUUUUGUUUGUUUAAAUUGAAGAACAUAAGAAAAAGUGUGGUUUAUAAUAAUAUAAAUGUAAAUAUUGUGAGAAGAUGCUUUUGAAUCAAAUAAGAGCAGAACAUACAAGAAAAUGUCAAAUUGCAAUUCUGGGACAUCUCGAAUUUAUAUGUAAAUAUUGUGGAUAAAACUUAAUAUGUAAUAUAACAAAACUUGAUAGCAAGCCAAUUAAAUGUAGUUGGAACAUGAAUCAAUUUGUUAGUUUAAACCAUUCGAAUGUCCAUAUUGUUAUUUUUAUUUGGAUGAAAUAGAUAAGGAAGAGCACUUGUAUUAUUGUGGAAGUAGAACGGAUUAAUGUUCAUUUUGUAAAUAAAAAGUAAUUUUGUCUGAAAAAGUUUAACAUCAAUUAGAUUGUGUUCAUAAAUAUCUUUUAGCUAAAUGUCAAAAAAAGAAAUAAGAGAAUGAAAAUAAAUAAUAAUUGAUAAAAUAGAGUGAUGAAUUUGAAGAUGAUUAUGAAGCUUAUAUGUAAUAAGUCGAAGAAUAAGAUUAUGAGAAUUAUUAAGAUUAAUGA